CACAAAACUCUUGUCUUUGUUAAGAUGAUCAGGACAAACCAAAUCCCCACAAUCCCCUAAUGUUGGUGGUGUAGUGAUUGGAAAAGCUGACCCCCAACGGGAUGACUCAGGCCUUUAAUUUUAGGAUGCAUCAGCAAGCUGUCAACAUCACCUCUGAUGAUUUCUAAAUCUUUGUCCAGACAUAAGCCAUUACUGAGAUAGACUUUUUAUCUGUAACACUUUAGUCCUGGUUGUUUUUACACUUAGUUUUAUUUUAGUCUCUUUAACCAACACAUUUUGUUCAAACAGAUGUGAGUUCUUUUUUGGUUUGGUUUUUGGUUUCUGCUGGCCAGAGUCUGUGUAUUACUGUUAAUGUCCUUGGCAACAGUUUUGGUUCAGUUUUACGUCUUUGAAAGUACACCUCAGGGGCCACUGUUUCAUAAGUUUCCCUCUCAUGUGCUCCAAACUUGUGAUGGCAGCCACUGCUGCCCUGUAGAUCAUGCCAACAGAUUUCUUGGGGCAUUAUGCAAGUGAAAGGUUUAUACACUUUCUUUCACAAAAGAUAUUUAUGUUUAAUGGUUAAGGUAAAAGUAUUAAGUUUGUCUAAUAACCCAUUGUGAGUUUGUGACUCACUAAUUAAAACCAUCGUUUUUUAACCUGUACUCAGUUCAUAAAAGUUAAAAAAUCUGUGUCACUACCUCUGCAUAAGUGGAGAAAUCAGAGCUGUAAAAGUGACGAGAAAAGGCAGAGAAUUCAGAAGACAUGACCUGGCUUUGUAUUAUAUUCAGUUUUACGACUUCAAUCUGGAUGUGGGCCAGACAUUGCCUGUAUUAAGCUACAUACAAUGGUUGUUCUGUGAUCAGAAAGGACUAUUUAAUUAUUACUAUCUAACUGUGAUGAUUUAAAUUGGGAUACUUUUAACAUUAGGUUCGCUUCGCCUUAGUAUUGCCUCUGCCUGUAUGCCUUUUUCUACAAACCUGUGUUUGUAUGUGUGGUUAAAAAUAGCGGUAGUUUUUUAGUUUCAUUUUAUCAGAGAAUCAUGGUGUGCUUCUCUGUGUGGGCAUGUGUUUAAGGAUCGGAGGUGACUUAGCCCUGCUGUGGAUGGUUAGCCCCCCUUGUGCACUGAGAACAAUGUGUUAUUCUGUGUAAUCUUAUUCACGGCCACAGUUCUGUCCACUGUUCUUAUGUAAAGGCAACAUCCCUGGGCAGCAAGCUGGGUCCCAGGUGGUGACAAGAUGUUGGUCUUGCCCUUUCCUCCCCUCUGCUCUCCUCCCCCACUCUCAUUUUCUUCACUGUCCCUGACCACAUUUCCCUCCUCCCUUUCCUUUCUCCUUUGCUCUUUUCCUAUCUCUGCCUUUACACUCUUUCUUUAAUCAUGCUCUCAUUUACAUUUACCUGUACUGAUUUGGAUGCUUAAAAAAUUUAAGAGGGUCAACUCAAAUAGACGUUUUACUCCAAAAUAAUAUGGAUGCCAGGCUGUUUUUCCCAUUAAAAUGAAUGGUAUGAAUGGAAUCUCAACUUUCACUCAGACAACAAUAACAAUGGAUCAGAACGCCACUGCAUUGAUAUCCACUGGACAGAAAGUUGGAUAGGAAUUUAUUGCAGAAGCACUAAAGCAUUCCUGGUUUGUACAUCAGCCAACAAACACACAGAGAAGUGUGGAGAGCACGUGCAGCUUUAUCUGACUCUGACAGGCAAUUUGACUUUUAUUUAGUCUCUUUAUAAGGAAGCUGAAUGAGUUAGCCAAGAGCAGUUACAGGCCAGAAAGAUUAUAUGAAAUAUCUUAUGGAACACAACAAAGUGUGCACAGAAUUAGUCAAAGAGUAUUGAAAUGCAUUGCAUAACAGUACUCUGCAUAUUAUAUGUAUUAAUUAAGAAAGAAUUUUCAUUCACAUUCAUGUUUCUGUUGUUACUGGUACUAAUUAAAGCUUAUUUUCUCAUGUACAGAUUCAUUCUUUCCCCUCUCAGCCCUGUUUUAAAAUGUGUACAUACCAUCCUUGUGUGCCAGCUCCUAAUUUGUUUUGUGCGCUUUCUGUAUUCAGCCUGUGUUUUUUUGUGUCUCUUUGUGCUGUAUUGCAAUGUAUGGACAUCAUGUCCUAGCCAAUGCCAUCUUUUGUGCCCUAAUUCUAUCUGAACUUGGUGUUCAUCCACAAAUCUGAAUACAGGGCAUUGAUGGAAUAGCAAACCGGGUUGUAGGUCAUAGCUAUUUGAACCUUUCCUUCUCGGUGGAGCCUUAAUUAACUGAUAGCAGGGACCAGGCUGCCAAGUACUGGGAGUACCAGUCUAAAUUAAAAUGCUGACUAAUUAACACUCCACCAGUAACCAAUAAAGUCAUUAGGCUGUUUUAGCCAUGGCCUACAUUUUGCAUUAGCUCCAUACAUUAUAGUAAGAACAGACCAGUCACUGACAGAGUGACUAAAUCUGGUAAACUGAUAAAUGGUUUUGGCAACGCACUGGUCCAGUGCCAGCUGAUUUUAAUCAGGAGGAUGUUACGACAUAUUGGCAGGCAACAUUUUUGUGCUGUGCUGAGGGGGGGUAACUCUGUGAAUAUAACACAGCAUGACAGUCAACACAUAUUUAUCAGCAUAAUCUUACUCUUAAUGUACCAGUAAAUUGUUGUUCAGCCUUUAAAAAAAAUGACAUGGUUUGUAAUUGUAAUUUUUUGCAAUAAGAUGUAAUUUGGUGGUAAUAAUUGAGAUAAUAUUAGGCCAUGGAUAUUAUAGUGUUAAAAGGUUUGUGUUCUGUGGUGUACUGGCAGUUCACCUGGUUAAGCACAUACCACUAAUCAGGCCAGGGCCAUUAGCUGCAUGUCAUCCCUUCUCUCCUCUGCCUAUCCUGUCUCCACACUAACAAUAAAGGCUAAAUGCCUGAAAAAUAUAUUUUUUUAUAAAAGAGUGUGGCACAAGCAGAUCACCCACUUAAAUUCAUAAUCAGGAGUGACAGGGAUUGUUUAGGAAUAGAUGAAUCACAGACAGAUUGUGCCAACUUGAGGGUGUCUCUAAAGUUAUGUAAUUAUGAUGUUGUUUGUGGGUUGUUUGUUUUUUUUUAAUUAUGUUGUUUUCUCAUGGAGGAGCAACAAAUGUUGACAGGACUGGUGGUUGGCACAGUGUGGGCACAUUUACUGUUACUCACUAUAAGGGGAGUAAAAUGUUGCUCUCUUUAGAGUAGUAACAAUAACAUGAAUUACCUGUUUAUUAGGUACGCAUGCACAGUGUCAGACAGUGUCCGAGGUGAUGAUCAAAGUGUAUGGCCAUUUUUUAGAUAGUAGUUGUUUUUUAUGUUCUGGUCCUCGUUUACCUACACAAGGGGGACGGUAUGUUAGAAUUCUCUUAAGGUGUGUAUAUGAACAUACAUGCACACAUUUAUGUGUGUAACAUACACACAAAAAGACCAGAUAAAUACAGGCCUGGUACCCAGAACUGCUGUGCCAGCCUCUUGUGAAGAGCAAAAAACAAGCACUCAUAACUACCUGUCUGCCUGUCUCAGUCUGACCCACAUAAUGACCUGUCUGCUUGCCUCUGUCUAUCUGUCUGUCUUUGUAAUCAUUUUAUUUGUGUACGCCUGACUCUUACUCUCUCUGACUUCUACCUAGACCUGUUUGUGCUCCUGUCAAGUCAUGUGUCUUUGUGCCUCUCUCUCUGUCUGCCUGCUCAUUUGUGUUUUGUCACACUGACUGCUUGCGUUUUUCUCUCCCUUCUUCUGCUGUCUUAGCGGUCCAACGUGUCUGCUUCCUUUCUUUUUUUGUGUGACUGUAUGCCUGCCUCUCUCUCUGUCCCAUAGGUUUAUGUUAUGUGUGCUUUGCUGCUCAGCCUUCUGCUAGGCAGAGAUGGAAAUACUUUCAGAUUUGCUUUAUCCGGCUUUGAAACCACUUUCCCAUAUCAGAAAGUACACAGUGAAUGCCAGAAGGUUCAGACAGUCAGAUCAAAGAAUUUUAGAACAAUUUUUUUCAGUUGAAUGUGAGCAGGCUUCAUUUUUCUUGGAAUUUUGUGUCAUCCUCCUACAGUUAUGUGUUUGUUUCUGUCUGCAACUACUUAACAAGUCUCACCACCCUUGCCUUGUGUUGGUAUUAUUUUCUGCAAUAGCUCUAGGCUCAUCAUACAGAGAUAAACAUCAUUAAUUCACGGAUAUAAAUAAUAGUGUAUUAGCAGUCCAGUUCUUUGAAAUUCUUCUCAUCCCUACUCCUACCAGGCAUUUCUCUGAUUAAUAAAGACCCCAAACAGGACAUCAGCUGACCAGCUCUUUUUGUGUUUUUGUUAUAUCAUGUUGAUAGAAAAGUUGGCACCUAGCGACUGCUUAUUUUUAUAUUUAUACAGAAACAGAACAGAAUUAUUAGGAUUAUGAGCCACCAGCUGGGUGGUGGUGGAUGGUGGGUAUUAGUAAUAAUCAGAUAAGAGUCAUCCAGUUUGUCAGUUGCAAGUGAACCAUUUUAUUCUUUUAAUAGUGACUAGUGUAGCUUGUCAACAGAAAAUGUGUUUCAAUUUUGGCAAUUUAUUAAUUUUUUGUCAUUUAAGUUAAACAUUUGCCAAUAUUCUACAGAUUGAUCAUAAGUAGUAUUAAGCAUUAAUUCACUCCACUUUUAUAUGAACAGUAACAAGCUCUUGUAAGCAUUAGCUUUUAUAUUUCCCCUAUAACCAGUCAUGCUGUACCAGAGUUUAGGGCCAUUGUGUUGUUGCCAGGUUUGUUUCAGCUACUGGAGGCCUGUCCUUGAGAGAAUGCCAAACUGUGAGGAAGCAUAAGUUAGACAGCUAACAGGACUGUGUUGUGCUCAGCUUGGCAACCAGGUGACAGUACAUUACGCUCUUCCCCCUUCUUCAUUUUCACAGCUCUCUUUUCUCCUCUCGUUGUUUUGUUCUCGCUAUCUUGCAUUUCUUUCUCUCCUCCACCUCUUCCUCCUCUCAUCUUUGGUGAGCUCCACGUUUCCUUUUGACUCUCUUCCUCAUCCUUCUCUCCCAUUCCUCUUCUUUCCAACCCUUUUCAUCGUACUGUCGUCUAUUUUUAGCUCCUCGUGUGGUGGGCAGAGGAGGUGCGUGAAAGCAUGGGGGUGUGUCUGGAUUGCGGGGGAGAAAGGUGCAGGCUGGUGUGUGUGUGUGUGUGUGUGUGUGUGUGUGUGUGUGUGUGCAUGUGUGCACGCAGCUGUGUGGGUAUGUUUGGGUCUCCAUCACGCUACACCAAAUUGCCCUGCACGAGGCAAACUCUGCAGUCUUCAGAAAGUCAUUAGGAUAAGGAUGUAGACCAUGCAGCACUAAAUCUGACAGUGAUUACUACCCACUGAGUUUCUAAUUUUAGUACAGGAUUCUGAGUAAUUAAAUGUAAUCAUCACAUCAUCUGAUCUAAAAAUAACGCAGUAAUUAUUCUAGCACAGAUUCAAUGGGCUCUUCACAGAAGGGCUGACGGGGACUUGCCAGUGCAAAUUUAAAACAGUGGAAUAAAAAGUGUUCAACCGAGUUCUAACCAGACCUUUAGAGCCACACAAUAAAAAGCUGGCUGUUGAUAUUGCUGGGAGGGAGAUUUAAAAAAAAUGUCUGGUGAGGUCAUGCUACCAGGGUAUAGCUGACUGUAUCAAAGCUUGAGGUGCAGCAUCUGCUGAUGCAUGCAAAAUCAGGAGCAGGUGCAUAUCUGUUUAGAGCUCUCAGGCCAAAUAGACAGACGGACAUGUACACACACAGAAAUACAUGGACAGAGUUACAGUUCAAAUGCAAACAUUCUGCUUCAUGAUAAGUAUAAAUACAAAGUGAAAAUGUUUAGAUUUUACAAAAAUUCUCUCUCUAGCCUUUUCAGAGGCACAAGUUAGAUAGAAAACAAAACAAACAAACAAACAAACAAAACAAAUAAAUAAAUGUAAUUAUAUACAUUACGUAAGUACCAUUGUUAGACAAGGUUUACAUUGUAAGAGGCACAAGAAGUGCAUGUGCGUGUGUGUAUGUGUAAGCGUGUGGACAUUUUUGAAUGUGAUGAUAUUUCACAAACACAUUCAUGCUGUAUGAAUAGUAUUAUUGUUGUUAAUUUUCUCCAUGUAGUUACAUGGGUCAGGGAAAGGUUUUCGAUCACAAAGUUCUUGUGAUACUCCAGUCAUUAUCUAUAAGCUUUGAUGCAAAUAUCUUAAAUAACUAUAAUGCACCUUUCAAGCUCUCCUUGCUUCCUGACCCUGUUGCUAAUUUUAUAAUUACUUGCUGUGUUAAUGAAUCAGCUGCUAAUUAGACACAGGCCAUGAGCACAAAUUAAAUUAUUUGUGCUGUGCUUUCGUGUAUGACUGUGACAAAACUUGUAAAAAUCAAUUUAUUGCAUUAAGUUUUUUUCAGUGAACAGGAGAGUACCAUCACAGUUGCAGUUAAGGCUUCCUUAGUAAAGUAGAGAAAAUAUAACACAUACAACUUAAUGGAUUCUUUCACUAGAGAUUAAAGACCAUUUGUAAAAUAACAGACUUCAUAACACAGUUCUAUCCCAUGACUGUGCUUUUUAUAUAUAAAAGCUAAUUUUAAACCUACACACAGAAGAGCAGAUGUAACGUAUGCACAGCCUACAGCAUAUACAGUAUGUACAGUAGUUUCAGCAUGGUAGGAUGCACAGAGCUGUAGGGGGACCCGCUGUCCUGUACUGCAUGUCCUAGGUUUACAAUCAGAUUAAUAAUAGGAAUGUUUCCUGUAAACUGCACCCAGGCAUGUACUUAUUGUUUCACUACUAAACAACUUUGUGUCUAGAUUUUUAUGGCUCAAAAUAUCAAAACUGUCUCAAAAAAACAGUCAAUUUUAAAAGGGCUGGGUUAACACUGACUGAUAUUACAGAUUUUUGAAUCCUGGGUAAUAAUGAGAAGUGUGUGACACACACACACACACACACACACACACAUAUAAACAAAACAAAUACAAAAAAAACAGGGAGGAGUGAGAGGGUGGGGGAAGGAGGCAGCCUUGUGCCCUUGCAGUUGAUCAUUGGUUGGAGCCACAGGGAAGGGGAGGGGCCUCAGUGCCACUGUUUCUGUAGAGAGAGGCAGAGGGAGCGAGAAAGAGUGAGACAGAGAGACAGCCAAGGAGGAUAAAUGAACACUGGGGGUUCUCCCAGCAUCGGUAUGCCUGCCUACCUCAUUUCCACUCCAGACAUAGUUGCUGCUUCUCUGGAUAGAAAAUAACAGCUGAGGUGUGUUUGUAUGUGGGUGUGUGUGUUUUAAACAUCAGACACCCCACGCACUCCCUUUAUCCUCUCACCUCACAGCAGUCUGCUGUGAUCUUACUGCGAAGGACCAGACAGAAACUGAGACAAGAGCAAGCGGACCUGGAAGAGUGGUGAGAAGAGGGUAAAGGGGCAGCAAGGAAGAAGAGGGAAAAAGGAGAAGCAGGACAGCAGCGGAGUUACAGGACAGGAAAAAAAGAAGAAAUCAUGCUUAAUGUCUCCUUCCCUCAGUUUAUGUAUACAGUGAUUACACAAUAAUGUCUUUUCACUGGAAGCUGUGUUUGUGACUCCGUGGACUACAGACAGAUAUCUAGUCCGUGCUCUCUGCAGCUGCAGCAGAUGUUGAAGACAUCUCUGGCUUUAUAGGGAGCGCAGGCAUUUCAGGCAUAGAUUGGACUGGAAUUCCUUUAAACAAAGUCACAUUUCUUUCUAUUUUUUCCUUUUUGUGCCUUCAGCUGGGAAGUUUGCUUUACUGGAACAAAAAGAAGACAAGAAACGCACAUAUUUCUUUUUGUGUGUUUAUCUGUUUUUACCUGGUGGUUUUAUCCUUGUGUAAAACCACAACUGCCUGCGCUGAGGACGCAACAAGGGAGCUUCCUUACCUUUCUCUGUCCUUUCCAUCCCUCCUGUUUUUGAAAUGGCAGAUGGCAGCUGUCUCAUCGUGGAACCGCAGCAUGGAGCCUCUCAUUUGGACUGAAACCACACGGUGACUUUCAGAACCGGCCAGCUACCUGACAAAAUAGUGGGUUCUUGGGUUCACUGUAACCUUGAAGGGCCCCUCAGACACGUAUUGCUGCCCAAGAUGAUGAAUUCCUCCCUGGAUCCACUGAACCAGAGCUCUGCUGGCCUGUCAAACUUAUCUGUUCCCUUCUGCCUUCUUGAGAUAGGCUAUUCCCAAAUUUUCUCCACCUGCCUCCUCGAAGUGUCCAUCAUUCUUCUCCUCACCAUUCUCAUUAUUUCCGGUAACCUGGUGGUGAUUUUUGUGUUUCACUGUGCCCCCUUGCUUAGCCAGCACACCACUAGUGCUUUCAUCCAGACUAUGGCGUAUGCUGAUCUGCUGGUGGGGGUCAGCUGCCUGUUCCCCUCCCUGUCCCUCCUCCACCACCUGCAGGGCCUAGACCCCAAACUUACCUGCCAGGUGUUUGGCUACAUGGUGUCUGUUUUGAAGUCAGUUUCAAUGGCGUCAUUAGCAUGUGUAAGUGUAGACCGCUACAUUGCCAUCACGCGACCUCUGACUUACGCGUCCUUGGUAACGCCUUGCCGAGUGCGCUGCUGCAUUGUUCUAAUAUGGUUGUACUCUGCUCUGGUGUUUCUCCCAUCUUUUCUCGGGUGGGGGAAACCUGGUUACCAUGGCGAUGUGGUGGAGUGGUGCGCACUUCAGUGGAGGACUAGUCCAGCUUUCACAACCUUUAUUGUUGCGCUGCUCUACGCCCCAGCUGCUCUCACUGUCUGCUUUACCUACGCCAAUAUCUUCAAGAUCUGCCAACAGCACACCAGGGAGAUCAGUGAGCGGCACGCACGUUACCGACCCCAACAGCUGCAGGGCCCGGGACUGACAGUGGGAUCUGUGGUCAAGGACAGCAGCGCAGCAGAACAAGGGCAGUUGCCCCACUUGUCCCAACCACAGAAACCCCAACACCACCAACCACAGUAUCAGCAGCCUACAUCAACAUACCCAGACAAGCGAUAUGCUAUGGUACUGUUCCGCAUCACAAGCGUGUUUUAUAUCCUCUGGUUGCCCUACAUUCUCUACUUUCUGUUGGAGAGCGGAGGGAUCUACCACCACCCGGCAGCCUCGUUCCUCACCACAUGGCUGGCCAUCAGCAACAGUUUCUGUAACUGUCUCAUCUACAGCCUGUCCAACUCUGCCUUCAGGAAGGGCCUCAAACGCCUCUGCUCCUUCUGUUUACAGCGCAGUGGCAGUGGCUUUGGGGUUAGGAACACCAAAAAGGCUUUCGUUGGCUCUGUCGAAAAGGGAUGCGCAGGGCCGGGGUAUAGAUAUGGCCAUGGGGAAAUAGGAAUUGGCACAACAUGUCAUGUGUAGUGUACACUCAGAGGAAAACCCUUGUGCCAAAUUGGCAUUUGAACUUUUUAAAAAAGAUGCCUGAUGUGAUUGCUGUAAAAUGUCUCUGUUAAGCUGUAAUGUGCUGUGAAGAGAUGGAGCGAGGCGUCGAUCUGCCACUGCUGUUUGUCGCGUUUGGAGGUUACUUGGGCGUCCUCUCUGCAUACGCCACAGCUGGCAAAGACAGAGAAAGGGAGUCAAGAGCAAAACACUGAAGGAUAGAGAGGCCCAAAUAGCCCACAGAGUGUUUUAAACUGCUCAGAGAAACCCAGCAUACUAUGUAUGGACAGGGGUGAUAAAUGAAAGGGCUUGGAAAGGAGAAGAAAAAGGUGUCUGAAAAUCUCUGGAGGAGUGAACUCUUUUGAGAUUCAACAACAUUUUUAUCAAUAACUUUUCUUUUAUGGGAAGUGAAUCCUUAACUUAUUUUGCCAAAAUGAUAAAUCGUCACAAGGAAACUGUUCUGAGAAGCAUGUGAAACAGAGUGACCUUCGUUUGUUACCAGAUUAACAGCACAGUAUGUGCUAAAUGCAAAAAAUGAAAAUGAAUGCAAAUGGAAGACUGCUGUGAUUUAGUAAUGUAGGUCUGAGGUGAACUGCCAGUGGCAAGCUGUUUAAACAUGUAUUUACAUGGUCUUAACCCCUCAGUAUUUACAAGUAAGAGUGAAAAAGAAAUGGAAAUAAAUGAAGCAGGUCUAGACCUAGUUUGUUUGCAUUGAUUGAACUGAUCAUGGUUUCUCUGCUUUGAGGCAUCUAUUCCUGGACUUUGAAUUUUAGAUUAUUUAUUGAUGUUGUUAUAUAAGAUAAAAAAAUAUGUCUUUAACUAAGUUGUAGGUUCACACAUUGAGCCUGCUGUUUGUAACAUAAGACAUGGGAUGCUACCCAGCUUUGGUGUACGACUGUUAACCUGACAAAAAUCAGACAUAAUUAUCAGUUUGUUUUCCAAUGAUUUUUUAAAAAAUCUUUGUCAUUCAUUGCACCUUUAUUGUUUGGAUUAUGUAACUAAAAUAAGUUUAGUUACAUAAUCCAAACAAUAAAGGUAUAUACAUAUCUGUGUUCAAGGCAAAGCAAGACCAAGAAAGGAUGUAUUUUUACACUUAUUGUACACUGAUCUUUGGUACACUAUUGGGCUGAUUUUAGGUUUCUUUUUUUGUUUGUUUGUUUGUUUUUUUUACUAGAUUUUUGACCGAAGAUAAAAUGUUUAGCAUAGAUGGAUGACCCUUGAUCUGUGAUCCUUACCCCUUGUCUUUGGGAGUGGUUGAGAGGAACAGUUGAGAGAAGCUGUAAAUGUGCAAUUGUAGAAAUUUCACAUUUAUAUAAUCUUGCAGGCUUUACUGUGACUGCAUUAUUGUGCCAGCAUUUGAGGACUAGUGCAUGCACACACAUGAACACAGGGGGAUCACACGUAAACAGAAACAAAUAGCUCAUUCACUCUGCUGGCAGGCUAACCUCUGUGCAGCACCAUGAAGAGGGAAUGACCCCUCAUCUCCCUGGGAAUUGCAUUUGCCUGUGAGUGUGUAUGUCUGCAUCGAUGUGCAUGCACAUGUCUGUUUCCAUCAUCUUGUUCCCAUGUGUAGCUUUAUGAUCCCUUUUCACUCUAACUUGAUAUUUAAUACAAACUAAUCGAGUCCAAUAGUAAGCCAAAAUUAAUCAAAGUGUACACACUGUGUCAUGAACUGAAAAUUCUUUCUAUUUUGAACCAUGGAGACUCAUUUCACGGUUUCUUUAGGUGCAGAUAUUCUAGCUUUAUAUACCUUAUCUAAUCUUACCAAAGAAAGUUCAACAGAUAAUCUUGGACCAUGAUUUUUUUUUCUCCUAAAUAUAUAAUAUAUGAAAAUUUAGUAAAAUACAAGCAGGUUUUACACAAAGUUUGUGUAGGUUCACUGCACUAUGUUGGCUCAGUGAUGCCUUGUAUGCAUGAAUAUGACUGUUUUUUAGUAUGUAGCGAUAUAUUGUUGCCUUGAUAUACAAAUGAAAAUGAGCUGUGGGGAAAGUAUUUUCCUUAAACGGCUAGGGAGGGCUCAAUUUAGAGACAUGCAACUGUUUUUAGAGGGAAUGACACAGACUGGCAAUUGUACGCAUUUUUAAAAAAGUGACUGUUAAUUCAGCAAAAGUUCAUAAUUUGUAGUUAUCAUUCCUCUCUUCUGUAAAACUGAAAAUAACCAGGAGCAAACACAUGUGUAUUUGUUCAUGUGUGUAUAGGUGUGUAUGAGUGUGUGUGUGUGCAGGUAUGUUAGGAUGUGACCAUUGGCUGAAUUGGACUGUUGAAGGUAUUCUAGGGUGCUAACAAAGUUAUCACCUUUCAUUGCUUUAUUAGCUGUGCAUCACUUCCCUCAAGUAUUUUACUGUACUUUGUGAGUGUCUGUGAGUAUGAUGUACAAUAGUGGUAGAUAGAUCCACAUUUGUCUUUAAGUAUUUUGGCUGUCAUCUGUGAAGCAUUGCCAAAUAUUGUAAUCUUUCCUUUUUUUGUACUUUCUUUUGUUCAGAGAUGGCGUGUACAGAAAUUGUGUGUACAGAAGAGGCGUAUUGAAUGUCUAACUGUCAAACUACACAAAUUUAUUUUUGUAAAAUUACUUUGUUUUUGUCUGCUGUGAAGUGAGACAUGUUGCGGACUCUAAGUAGGUUCAGCAGCAUGCUUACUUAUUGAAAUGAUUGAAGUUGUGUCUUUAUGAAGAUGCAUUUUAUUUUACUUGGACAGCUUCUGUUAAGAUGUCUCUACUGUCUUUAGGAAUUUGAAAGAUUGAAUUUGAGAUAAAAAAUUCUCUACUAAAAAUACACUAUAUCCUACAGCAGUUAAUGGUACAAUUUAGGGCAAAGAGUCUUGGGAAAUUAUUAUGCCAAAACAUGCUCACAUUAGCGGUCACACACAUUCCCUUUUUCCUGUGGGAAAACAAUUGGCUCUCAUGUUCUCAAGGGAACGACACUCUGGUAGUGGCUGUGUUGAGGUAAAGUGCCAUGUUGGGUAGGAUUAGGGAAAAGAGGUUAUUUGAACACUCAGGCUGGGCUAGGAGGCCAUUUGCUGGUUAAAUGCAGCCAUCUGCUAUGAGAGAGGUUGGUGUGCAGUAAUGAGUGAGUGCAUACCACAAAAACUACUCUGUAAUAAUCUGUAAAACACUGCAGAUAGUUAAAUUGAUAUUUAGAUAUAAAACAUAUAAAAAUAUGCAAAGAAGGAGGGUUAAAAUGUUAAUUACUUUCAUAUCAUAUUAUCCUUAAUUUUAAUGCCUUUACAAGAAACAUUAGAGGAUGACUGCUGCUUAUUCAUCUUUCUCUUCUUCUGACAUCGUAUGUGGUUGGCACAUAGCUUUAGGUGUAUCACCACUUUCCAGACUGGGACUACCCAAAUGUGUGUGUCUUGGGAACAAGUGGAGACCUUAUGUAGCAAAUGAAGUCACAUACUGAAUCUGUGACUCAGGGUAAACAAAAGUGUAGUAUUUGUAUCUGUAUUUUAUCUAAAUACAAAACACACAAAAUUGUUACAUGUAAUGGGGCCUUGAUAAUAUAUAUUAAUAAUAAUAACCCAUAAAAUCAAUUUUUAUCAUGAACAUAUUGUCCUUCUCUUGAAAGAACAAUAUGUUCUCUCAGGAGAAGUUGAGAAAAAAUGUUUUGUAAUUAACAACAAAAGUGUUUUUACACCAACUCAGUUCUGGUUGGCUAUUGUAUCUCUAUUGUAUCAACCUCACUCUAAUAGUGCACUUUAAUGCACACACACACACACACACACACACACACACAGAUGCCCAUGCAGUGGUAUUUCCUUAUCUGUCUUUUAAUCUGUAUCAGACUUUCUUCUUUGUGUUUUCAUAAGGCUCUGAAUAGACCACACCAGACCCAAAUAAUGGCUCAUGACCCAGCUGUUAUGAGUAACAGAUUAUUAUCAAAUAAAGAUGAGAUUGACCACUGUAACAAAACCUUGGUGUGGAAAUGUUUCAGAAGAUUCAGGAAUUUCUCUGGAACUGAUUCUACAUUUUGUAUUUGCCCACACUGAAGGCUGGAAAUUGCUCACAGUGAACAAUGGGGUAUUUGUAAGUCUCUGAUUGAGAAAAUGAAGCCAUUACCGUGUUAGAUGAUGUCAUAUUUUAUACGUAAAAGGUGUUGACUUUGUGACAAGGUUUUUGUAAGAUGGCUGCUUUUAUAGAUUGAGAAUGUUGGGAUAUUGUUUAUGGUCUAACAUGUUUAAUUUUGCUUUCAUUGAAGGUGAGUCUCUGUGACUAAGACACUUUUCAUUAGAUGAUGCUUUGUAGGUGACAAACCUAUAUGGUAAUGUAAGAUGUACAUGUUGUGUAUCUGUACUGAGCAAAUAAAUGUAUGUUAUCUCAAUGUA